UAGAAGAGUUACAAUACAGACUGCACAUGGAACAUUAGGAUGUGUGACUUACUUAAAGUGCAAUAUUACAAAAAAAAAAGUCAUACAGUAGAAUUGCAGCGAAGGUUGUAGUAGAUAGCAGACAGUGACGUACUUGUGAGUUAUUUAUUCACAUUUCUUUUGUUUAAUUCUGUGUUUAACAGUUGAUCACGUAGCUUCUCGUUUGUAAGAGGGCGGACUCAGUAACGUGGAUCUGCUGAUUGAGCGUGACUUGUGUUCUCUAUAUAAAGUUUCUGACACUCUGAGAUUCUUCUGCACUCGUCCUUCAGUGAACGUUGUGUUCCUCUUCCACGUCUGCUUCCAUCAUGAAGCUCCUCAGUGUAGUUCUCCUUCUGCGUCCACUCUCGGCCUGUUUGGCUGAAGUUGUGAAUGAUUUUACUGUGAGCUGUCCACAAUUCUUCCCUACACUGAAUGGAAGAGUUUCUCCUCCUACGAGGUUUAUUGGGUCUCGAUUUAAACAGAUCUGUCAAACUCGAAACAAUCAACGUGAAUUUGCAACAUUUUAUGACACGAAGAACAAAAUCCCCGUUUACUCAUCCUACAGGUUUUACGGACGAGUGAGUUGUGAAAGAAAGACAGGAGACUGGUUUAUUGAACCUCAGCUGGAUAGUAGACAGCUGGAUCGAAACAUGGCCUCUGAGGCUGCUUUGGGAAACAUAGUGAAUCAGGCUCGGAAUGGAGAUUAUGUAGGUUCUGUCUACGAUAAAGGGCAUCUGCUUCCAGUUUACCAUGCCCACACACAGUGCUGUUCUUACGCCACCUUCACUCUGACCAACGCUGCACCACAGCAUAAGUCAUUCAACCGUGGACAGUGGAGGGUGACAGAGGAGACCAUGGCUGUAGUUCUGACAGAUGAGUGCAUUAAUAAAGGCCUGAGUGCGUAUGUAGUAACUGGGGUUGUGCCGGGUUAUAAUAAAUUAAAUAACAGAGUGAGAAUUCCCAGUCACUUCUGGACGGCAUUCUGCUGCCUGGAUCAAAACAAUAAAUUCAAACUCUCAGGUGGAUACAUUGGAGGAAAUUCUAAAGAUAAUCUUGAACCAUUUUGGAAGAGCGUGCAGGACCUUGAGAGACAUUUAACAGGGGAGUAUAAGAAACAUUUCCCUAACCAAAUCCCUAAUAAAGCUUUCACUCUGUUUCAUGGAAAAUGCCAUGAAAGUGCAGGAACAGAAAACCAGAACACGGACAGUGACAGCGAACAGAUGGGAAACAAUAGAAACAGUUCUAAGCGGAGAAAACUGGCAAAUACAAGCUGUAGAAAAAGGAACAAAAAACCCUAAUUUAACUGAUUAAUCGUCAGUAUGUUUAAUGAUUUCUGCAUCUGUCCUGUAUGUUUCAAAUUCAGUGUAGCAACUUCUAAAAAUAUACACUUUAAAAGAUAAUAAUAAUCACAAAUCAGUGUUGAUUUACAUAUUAAUAUACAUAAUUAAUACAAAUACAUAUUUAAUAAAAAUCAUAUACUGAUUUCUGUCACUAAAUUGGGAUCAGAUCUUUCAUCAUUAUCACUGAAGUGCAGGUUGAUUUUCUAGAAACCUGCUAGAAAAGAUCUAGAAACAUCGGGAUGCAUUUUUGUUUAAAAAAAAAAAAUGGGAGAACUUACUGACUGGUUACAUACAAAAAGUUACACAAAUAACUGAAAUGAAAACAAAUCAUGAAGUAAGACAACAGCAAAAAAGUCAAUAAUUUAUUGCUUCUGGGAAAUCUCCACUCUGAGUUUAAAACAACAACAACAACAACAAGAACAGCAACAACAACAACAGCUCAUUUAUUUUGAAUCACUCAAGAUUAUUAAAAGGAAAAAUGCCAAAAAAAAAAGGAAAUCUUUACAUCAUCUUUGUUUUACAAAUCUUCAAAGAGCGUGAAUUAUUUUCAUUUAUUUUAUUUAGGACUUUAUUUAUUUAUUUAUUUAUUUAUUUUUUACUAUGAUUUUUUCAAUUUGUUUUACUGCAAGAAUAUAUUGUAAAUCUUAUACUUGGUUUGUAAAAUUUUUCGUUAGGACAUAAUGGUAGUAAUUUGCUAUAUUGAUGGUAAUUUUUCUCCUUUUUUCCCUUUUCAUUAAUUAAAAUAAAUAAUAUAAAAAUCAAAACUUGAAAAGUGUGCAGACUUUUAUGCCAUGGCUUAAACCUUUCUCUCUCUCUCUCUCUUUUUUUUUUUAUUUUUUUUUUUUAAAUAUCAUAUUCUACAUAUUUUGCAGGUUAUUUGUUCAAGGAAAAAAAAUACUAUGGCACCUUUAUCCCUUUCAUGCAUAAAUUAUAUAGAAGCAUAUCCAGGUUCUUUUAUUUAUUAACAUCUAAAUUUUGACUUUCUCUCAGUAUCACUCAUAUUAAACAGCAAAUAGAGUAUAUAACUGAAAUAAACUGAAAUGUAAUGUUUUUAAUGGGUUUUGUAAACAGAAAUGGUUUACAUUCACAGAAAAUAUCCUUUUUGAACAAGAUAUAAUAAAAUACAAACAUAUUCUUGACCUUUACAACAUUUACAACAUUUAUACAGUACAUUAGAAAAAACAUUAGUUUUUAAAAAUCGUUUG